AUGAGGGGGACUGUUCUCGAAAAGAAGCCAAUCUAUAUUGUUUGUCAGGUAUGUCGCAAUUUUGCAACUAUUGCCUUAGAUGCAGAUGAUUUGGAUUAUAAAAACAUCAUUUGUACAGCUUCUUUAAUUAUGCAAACCGUGAAAAAUGACUUAUUGAACUCGUUCGAUAGAGUAAUAGUGAAAUCGUAUCAAGUAGGGAAGACACACGGGACGGUUAGGUUUAUACUGAUUCAUGGGUGGGUAUCCAUUAAAUCUUUUCUUCAUCAGGGAACCUUGAGAUCACCAGUUCAAGCCAAGGAUUUCCACGUUGAAGCGGGAGAAGGACCGUUUUACAUUUUGGCUAUGGCAAGUUAUGUCAAGAUUAAUCCUGAAGAAACUGCAAUUACUGGAGACGGUUUCAAAGGCCAGGAAAGGAUCUACGACGACAGGAUAAGACUUUGGAGGGUGCUAGAAUUAGGAGCUGUAGUAGAGGCUGAAGUGAUAAGGCUAGAAGCCGGAAAACUAGAGUUUGAAUUAGUAUUUCAGGAUAGAGAGCUACGGUAUUAUUUACCAAAUUGCUUUAAGGAUACCGAGGCGGGAGGACAUAAGUUGGGCAUUCAUCUAUGCUUUCCGUCACUUCCUUCUUCACAGCAAUGUCCUGAAGCGAGGCACACAAAAGAAAACACCAAAAAUGUAUAUGUGAAAAUACCCAAAGAGCAGCACAGCGUUGAAGAAGAAAGAGACGAACAUUGA